CCCGCCUGGCGGCAGCCAGCGACGGACCCCUGCGUUUGACUCUUCAAGUCGUUUGUCUUCAGUAUCAAGCACGACACCAGUCCCAAAGUCUCUAUUUUGUUUGAACACACUUCUGGACCUGAGCGGGAGUCAUACCUCGACUUGCUCAGAGGCAUCUCGCUUCGAACUCGACAAAUAGUUCUACUGCCAUACGACUCGCCAUAUCUUUCGAAUAUACUUAUUCAAGAUGAAGUACGUUCUUGUGAGCGGUGGUGUGAUCAGUGGGAUUGGCAAGGGUAUCAUUGCGUCGUCGACCGGCCUUCUACUCAAGACGGUGGGCUUGAAGGUCACAGCCAUCAAGAUUGACCCAUACCUGAACGUGGAUGCUGGAACAAUGGCCCCAACUGAGCAUGGGGAGUGCUUUGUCCUCGACGAUGGCGGCGAAGUCGACCUUGAUCUCGGAAACUACGAGCGAUAUCUCAACGUUACCUUGACCUUCGAGAAUAGCAUCACGACCGGGAAAGUGUAUCAGCAGGUCAUUGAGCGUGAGAGAAGAGGAGAUUAUCUUGGCAAGACUGUCCAGGUGGUUCCGCACAUAACAAAUGCGAUCCAGGACUGGAUUGAAAGAGUCGCAAGAAUUCCCGUCGAUGAUACAAAGGAACAGCCGGAUGUCUGCAUAAUCGAGUUGGGUGGGACGGUAGGUGACAUCGAGAGUGCACCCUUUAUUGAGGCCAUGCGGCAACUGCGAAGAAGAGCAGGUCGUGACAAUUUCAUCCACAUCCAUGUUUCGCUUGUGCCGGUCAUUGGCAGUGAGCAAAAGACGAAGCCUACACAGCAAGCCAUACGGGACGUACGCUCAGCCGGUCUGGCACCUGACUUGAUUGCAUGCCGAUGCCAGGAACAACUUGUCGAGGCUACAACGAACAAGAUCGCCAUGUUCUGUCAAGUCGAGCCUUCGCAGGUUCUGGCCGUCCACGACGUCAAGUCGACAUACCACGUGCCGAUGCUCCUUGAAGAACAAGGUCUGCCCGAUCAGCUCCGCGAGCUCUUCCGUCUGGACGCAUACAAGAUUGCCCCUUCAUUGGUCACUAAAGGCCAGCAGAUCUGGCAGGAAUGGAAGCGUUUGACGACGCCACAAGAUCGCUUUUUGGACUCUGAAAAGGUCAAUAUUGCUUUGGUUGGCAAAUAUACAAACCUUCACGACUCUUAUCUCUCCGUCAUCAAGGCUCUGGAACACAGUGCCAUGGCUUGUCGACGCAAACUCAACCUCGUUUGGGUUGACGCAAGCAAUCUCGAAAAACCCACACUAGAUUCAAAUCCAGAGAAAUACCACAAGGCCUGGCACGAACUAUGCACGGCCGAUGGUGUUCUAGUCCCCGGUGGAUUCGGACACCGCGGUACUGAAGGGAUGAUUGCGGCAGCCAACUGGGCUCGAACAAAACCCAAACCAUAUCUCGGAAUUUGUCUGGGCAUGCAAGUCGCUGUUGUUGAGUUUGCCCGCAACGUAUGUGGCCUGAAAUCGGCGCACUCGGUCGAAUUAGACGGACAGACGCCUGACCCUGUGGUCAUUUUCAUGCCGGAAAUCGACAAGACGACCAUGGGCGGCAACAUGCGACUGGGCCUGCGUCCUACCAUCUUUCAGGAGAACACUCAGUGGUCGCGGUUGCGGAAACUGUACAACAACGAGCCUAGCAUCAAUGAGCGGCACCGUCAUCGCUAUGAAGUGAAUCCCGACUAUAUCGCUCGCCUAUCCGACGCCGGCUUGACAUUCAUCGGCAAAGAUGACAAAGGCGAGCGCAUGGAAGUCAUGGAGCUGAAGGAACAUCCAUUCUUUGUGGGUGUCCAGUUCCAUCCCGAGUACCUUAGUCGGGUGCUCCGGCCCAGUCCGCCAUAUCUGGGCUUUGUGGCUGCGAGCGCCGGCAUGCUCGAGCAGGCAUUCUCUGCCGUAGCGGCGCGAAACGAGUCACUGGUCGGCGAAGUGGUUCACCCACCCCAUGAAAACGGCGUCAAGGGCGCCUUGACCAACGGAAUGAGCCAGGUGUCGCUUUCGUCAUCCUCGGGUUUCUGAGGCUCAAUGGAUGGAGGCAACAUGGGCACCUCUCGGAUAUCAAGUUGGAGGACCUGGGGUCUCAGAAGAGGGCGACGUGCGCAAUGUUGAAUAUGCCGGGUCUUGUCUAAGCAAAGCGACAAGCCUCUCCUUCUUUCCCCAUGCAACCAUCCAUGCUAAGGCAUCACGAAUCAUUUGCUAUGAAAGGGUAUUAUCGCGUGCUUUGGACUGCAUCUGUCGGAUAUGGGACUUAGGAACACACUAUUACGGCACCCCACGAGAUUGGAUAGAAUUGGUUCUCAAGGACCGCUCAGGACGGCGUAUCAUCUAUAUCAUGUGCUAGUGAUCAGGCCUUCAUGUCUCCAGUGCCUUUUAUAUGAAAUCAUGAAUCUUGGAUUGUCUUUGGA